GUUGGCUGUGGGCGAGGUGAUAACGAAGGGAUACAGACAGUGAAACUAGCAUAGGCACAAGCUAAAUAUUUAAUCUCAAUGCCACAUGAGAACCUAACGUGCACUGAUCCAGUUAAACUAGGGGAGAACACAUUUGGCUGAAACAAAGCAAGGAAAGGUUAGAUGUUUUGUCACUAAAUGAGCGUUAAUUUUGUGAGCUGAUAUUUCUGGUGAACAUUUCAGCACUUGUUAAAAUGACGUAAAGCAGAAGGGUGAGUAUAAUGUAGAUUAUAGUGGGGCCAGACCUUCCUCGUAAAUACAUUGCUGCUCAUUGUGUUGAUUAGAAUAUGGAAAUAUCACACUCUUAGCUGAGAUCAAAAAUGGAAAAUGAAUGCAAAUUAUUGCAAGGGAAUAACUGGGCGUCAGCAAAACUCAAAUCAACUCCAACGAACACACGCUAUCUAUAUAGCUGAGUGUGGUGUUGUUAGUCAAUCGAUAGCUCGGGUCAUUUCAACAGCACCUCGACUGGUGCAAACUCACUCGAUUACGCCACUUAUUUCCUUCAUGAGUUUGUCUUUUAAGCUGACUUUCUUUUGUGCCAAAGAUCUCAAGAAUCGUCUGUUUUCCAUACUACUGAAUUCUGAGCCUCAUCAUCCUGCAAUUAGUUUUUUAUCCAACAUGACAGGAAAUCUCGACCUGUCCAUGGGCCUGACCCUUGAAGAGGCAACGCAAUGGUCCAAGUCACUGGAAGUCCUUCUUACAGACCCACGUGGUCUCGCAGCGUUUAGAGCUUUCCUCAAGUCGGAGUUCAGUGAGGAGAACAUUGAUUUCUGGCUGGUCUGUGAGGAUUACAAGAAAACCAAGUCUACGGAUAAACUAAGCUCCAAGGCCCAGCACAUCUUCAGAGAGUUCAUCAGGAGUGAUGCCCCGAAGCAAGUCAAUAUUGAUGGUAAUAUGCGGGAUCUGCUCAGCAGAAGUAUUCUGCUGCCAACUAAUGGCUGUUUUGAGGGAGCCCAAAGAAUUAUCUUCGGUUUGAUGGAGAAGGAUUCGUACCCGAGGUUUUUAAAAUCGGAUGUCUAUGUAAACCUGAUCAACAAGAUACAAGCCAACAACAGCCAUCGUUAAAUGCGGAGUUCUCUGCAACAAUAAGGCGAUGAGCGCAUGGAUCACCGAGUCUACAUUGCCUGUAGUUGUGAACACCACAGCCUUGCGUAGAACUAGAGAGUCAAUACCAGCCAGGAUGCAUGAAAAUAAAAACACAACAGUGGCACUCAAUGUCGACCGUGCCACAGUGAACUCAUUCGGAAAAGGAAAGGGCAGGGAAUAGUCCCCGACCUCAGUGACUAACACAUUUCCAAUCGCCAUGCAUAACUGCAACCCUUCUCACCGAAACCAAGAACGUUUUGCUUUCCUUCACAAGAAGAAUUAGAGGGGAAGAAACUGCGACAGAUUUGAUUUGGAAGCGGGGGAAGAAUUAAUCUCCCUCAUUAACAUUGACCGGAUUUGAAGAUGAACUGGGAGAUAUUUCCUUGGCUGGUCGCCGUGGAACAGUUUUAGCCUGGACUGCUUUGUACUGAACUCUAUGACAAAUUACAUAAUGUUCUGAUACAGAAAUAAGGAACUGUGGUGAUGAAAGUAUUUAUUUAUUAUUGCUGGGGUUUUUUUUUUUGCUAAUUUAAAGUAAAUAGCUUGGAGUGAUGGCAUAAGAUAGCGAGUCGCAGAAUCUUUUAAAAUACGCGGCCUUUAUUAAUGGUUGGACACAUCCUCAGUUCAUAACAAGCAUUUCAGUGACUUGUCAGGCAAGAGUUUUAUUUUAACUAGAGAGUUACUGUAAGUAUAAGAAGGUUAUUUACAUUCAAAGCAAUGAUGGCAACUGUGAAAAUAUCUUCACGGUUAUCACAUUAACUGCAACUUGAUAGAUAGUUUCAAUAAGGAUAAUCCUGACUCACUCACUUUAGUCGGUAUGUGUAAAGUUCCUGUAUUACCUUUAUUUAAGUUUUAUUAGUCUUUUUACCCAUAGAACUUCCACUUAGAGUCAUAGAACUGUACAGCAUGGAAACAAGCCCUUCGGCCCAUCUAUAUGCUGCACAGUGACACAGCUGGUAGAGCCGCUGCCUCACAGCGCCAGAGAUUUAGUUUCAAUCCUGACCUCUGGUACUGUCUCUGUGUGGAGUUUGCACGUUCUCCCUGUGACCGCGCGGGAUUCCUCCGGGUGCUCUGGUUUCCUCCCACAUCCCGAAGAUGCGCAGGUUUGUAGGUUAAUUGGCCCUCUGUAAAUUACCCCCUAGUGUGUCGGGAGUGGAUGAGAAAGUGGGAUAACGUGGCACUAGUGUGAACGGGCGAUCAGUGGUCGGUGUGGACUCGGUGGGCUGAAGGGCCUGUUUUGAUACAUGCUUUGUUUCCAGACUAAACUAAACUAAACUUGUCCAUGCUAACAGUGGUGUUUAGGCUUUUAGAGAGGCACAGAUAUACAGGGAAUGAAGGGAUAUGGAUUACGUGCAGACAGAUAAGAAUUGUGUUUGAAGCAGAUACGACAGUGAUGUUUAAGAGACUUUUGGGCAGGCGCAUUGAUUUACAGGGAAUGGAGAGACAUGGGUCAUGUACAGGCAGAUAAGUGAUGAUCUUGGCAUCAUGUUUGGCACAGACAUUGUGGGCCGAAGGGCUUGUUCCUGUGUUGUACUCUUCUACGUUCUAUACUCUAUGAAUAGGCUGCACAUCUUCUGGGAAAGAUGUUGAUAUUUGUUUGCACGUGCCCGUGAAGGGGUUAAGCAAUCAAACAUUUUUCUGCUGGAACUAAGAAGCCGGGAGAGCUCACAUUUGGUUCAAUAUUGUUGGGAUGUGAGAGGAGGGCUUGGCAUUCACAGGGGGUUAGAUUAACGCAGGUAAGGGAUGGGGAAAAGGCAAGAUGGUUGAUGUUUUGCUGUCAGUGAGGGAUAAGAUGGUCCAGCGAGGGUAGAUGGCCGGGCGGGGGAGUUAGAGUAGGUAAGGGGAGGAGAUAAGUAAAGACGGUUGAUGUCUCGCCAGCAGUUAAAGAGAUAAACGUCCAGAGUUACUCCAGCACUUACUGUCUAUCUUUGACAUUUUUUCAAGUGUGAUUGCAUUAGGAUGCAGCACAAUCAAGACAAAGAUGCAGCCAUUUGCUCAAAGCCUUUGAUGUGUUCAGAUGGUUACCAACAAUACACAGACGCUCGAUAUAUCUUGGGCCCUCCCUUUCCCGAUUAGUCAGUGCACAAACCAUUCGCGCUGCAGAAUGAAUGCACACUAAAUCGUGAUAGGCAUUGAAUUGAGUAUAAAGUCGCAAGAGAAACAGUUUAGUUUCUUGUCACGUGUACUGAGGUACAGUGAAAAGAUUUUGUUGUCUGCUAACCAGUCAGCGGAAAAACAAUGCAUGAUUACAAUCAAGCCAUCCACAGUGUACAGAUACAUGAUAAAGGGAAUAACGUGAAUAAUGGUUUGUGCAAGAUGACGUCCAAUAAAGUCUGAUUAACGAUAGUUUGGUCUCCAAUGAGGUAGGCGCCUCUCUAGAGAGGACGGUUCAAUUGUCUGAUAAUAGCUGGGGUGAAAUUGUUGCAGCUCGAUGCAGAGGAAGCAGUUGAGGUGGGUGCCAUUACAACAAUCUGCAGUUCCUUGGUUGGUGUAGUUUAGGGAUACAGCAUGGAGCCCACACCGACCAGCGAUCCCCGCACAUUAACGCUAUGCUACACACUAGGAACAGUUUACAUUUAUACCAAGUCACUUAACCUACAAACCUACAAAACUGCAUGUCUCUGGAGUGUGGGAGGAAACCGACGAUCUCGGAAAAAUGGACUCGGUCACUGGGAGAAAGUACAAACUCCAUACAGGCAACAUCCAUAGUCAUGAUCGAACCCGGGUCUCCGGCGCUGCAAGCGCUGUAGGGCAGCAACUCUACCGCUGCACCACCGUGCCGCCCCUGAGUCCAGAUUUUCUUUUUCAUUCAAACUUUGAUACAGAGCUGUGUGAGUCAGUGGUGGAUCGGUUUACACCAGUCCAAGCCUAUUUUUAUUUAUUUAUUUAUUUAUUUGUUUAUUUGUUCCGAACAAGUAAAGACAUAAAUAGGAAUAAAUAACAACAACAACAAAAUCGAAGUAGUCAAACAAUUGGACAUUCCAGGCAAUAUUUGCAAAGCAAUGAAAAGCAUAAAGCAAAAUUUAAAUGUCCAAGACAGGAGAGCAUGCAAUGCUUGAGUUACUGGGAAGGCUCAACAACAAAGUGCUGCUCUAUCGACGGCAACACAAAUCAUCGUGCCAGGUUAAUAAUAAGGUUCCGUACAAGUUAAAGCCGGUAUAGCCCGAUCAAAGAUAGUCCGAGGGUCUCCAAUGAGGUAGUUAGUAGCUCAGCACUGCUCUCACGCUGUUGGUAGGAUUUCAGUUGCCUGAAAACAGCAAAAAUGAUGUUGUGACAAUAAAGGAUAUUUAUAACGUGAUGUGUUGCUCCACUCUACAUUUCUCUGUUCGUUACUUUGCAAAAUAUUAAAUGAGAAUAUAAAAUGUG